UCGGUCGGUAUGUAGCAGCGGCGGAGCGCCUGUCUGGGAAUACAAAGAGGGAAAAACGCGCCUUGGAUAGAAAAUAUCAGCAGCGGGAUUAAAAAUCAAACCAGCCGAGGAUGAGACACACGCAGUCCGUGUGAAGGAGACUAAAAAAAACGCCGUUAUUCCGCCGAUUUAGCACCGUUUUCUGCGAAAAUGGCGAACGACUCUCCGGCCAAAAGUCUGGUGGAUAUAGACCUGGCAUCCCUCAGGGAUCCUGCCGGGAUUUUCGAGUUGGUGGAAGUGGUCGGAAAUGGCACCUAUGGACAAGUCUACAAGGGUCGACAUGUCAAGACGGGACAACUGGCGGCCAUCAAGGUCAUGGAUGUCACCGAGGAUGAAGAGGAGGAAAUUAAGCUGGAAAUCAACAUGCUGAAGAAGUACUCCCACCACAGAAACAUAGCGACUUACUAUGGAGCCUUCAUCAAGAAGAGUCCACCAGGACACGACGACCAACUCUGGCUGGUCAUGGAGUUCUGUGGUGCCGGUUCCAUCACAGAUCUGGUGAAGAACACGAAAGGCAACUCGCUGAAGGAGGACUGGAUCGCCUACAUCUCCCGAGAGAUCCUCAGGGGAUUAGCUCACUUGCACGCUCAUCACGUCAUCCACCGUGACAUCAAGGGACAAAACGUGCUGCUGACUGAAAACGCUGAGGUCAAACUGGUGGACUUCGGUGUGAGCGCUCAGCUGGACCGGACGGUGGGUCGGAGGAACACCUUCAUCGGGACGCCAUAUUGGAUGGCUCCAGAGGUCAUCGCCUGUGAUGAAAACCCUGAUGCCACCUACGACUACAGAAGUGACCUGUGGUCCUGUGGAAUCACGGCCAUAGAGAUGGCUGAGGGAGCUCCCCCUCUGUGUGACAUGCACCCAAUGAGAGCCCUCUUCCUCAUUCCUAGAAACCCUCCUCCUCGACUCAAGUCCAAAAAAUGGUCGAAGAAGUUCUUCAGCUUCAUCGAGGGCUGCCUGGUGAAGAACUACACCCAGCGUCCUCCCACCGAGCAGCUGCUCAAACACCCCUUCAUCCGGGACCAGCCCAACGAGAGGCAGGUCCGCAUCCAGCUCAAAGACCACAUCGACCGAACCAAGAAGAAGAGGGGCGAGAAGGAUGAGACGGAGUAUGAAUACAGUGGCAGUGAAGAAGAGGAGGAAGAAGCAUCUGAACAAGAAGGAGAACCAAGCUCCAUAGUCAACGUGCCGGGCGAGUCGACUCUGCGCCGCGACUUCAUCCGGCUGCAGCAGGAGAACAAGGAGCGUUCGGAGGCUCUGCGCCGCCAGCAGCUCCUGCAGGAGCAGCAGCUCCGCGAGCAGGAGGAGUACAAGCGCCAACUACUGGCCGAGAGGCAGAAACGAAUCGAGCAGCAGAAGGAGCAGAGGAGGCGGCUGGAGGAGCAACAACGGCGCGAACGCGAGAUGAGGAGGCAGCAGGAGCGCGAGCAGCGCCGGCGCGAGCAGGAGGAGAAGCGUCGCAUCGAGGAGAUGGAGAGACGCCGCAAAGAGGAGGAAGAGCGACGGAGGGCCGAGGAGGAGAAGAGGAGGGCCGAUCGAGAACAGGAGUACAUCCGUCGUCAGCUGGAGGAGGAGCAGAGGCACCUGGAGAUCCUGCAGCAGCAGCUGCUCCAUGAACAGGCCAUGCUGCUGGAGUACAAAUGGCGGGAACUUGAGGAGCAGCGUCAAGCCCAGAAGCUCCAGAAACAGCUGCAGCAGGAGCAGGCCUACCUGCUAUCCCUCCAGCAAAACCAGAACCCGGAUAGUAGCAAAACAGCACAACAACAGAGCACCAAGCCUCCACAGGACCUUGAAACCCUGCAGAACCCUGAGCCGGAUACAACGAAACAACCGCAGAGCGUUGAGAAGACGCGAUCCAGUCCGGUUUCCGGUCUGGAAAACACGGCAGAACCCAAGCUGCCUGUGGCUGACCUUCAAACCCCCGACUCUGAGCCGGUCAGAGAGGCUGAUGAGCGAUAUCGGAAGAACAUCCAGGGUUCUCCUCAGGCGGCUCAGACCAAACCACAGCAGCCUCCGGUGCCACCACGCUCCGAGUCUUCAUACCCCAAUGGGAACUCGGCAUCUGAGGCGCCUGCCAUGCACCGGCCUGUGGAGCCACAGGUGCGUUCCCAUCUGGCUGCUUUAAAGAGCAGCAACAGCGUGGCCUCGUCAAACUCCUCCACUUCCGCCCCUCCUGUUGUGUCGCGGUCGCACUCCUUCAGUGAGCCGCUUGUCCCUAGCUUUGAAAAUCUGCACCUUCACAACAGCCACGAAUCUCACCUUCACCCUCCAUCAUCAUCAUCAUCACCAUCCUCCUCCUCCUCAUCAUCAUCAACGCCUGCACGCACUGACCCACAGCCCAUUCCCCAGCCCAGGCCCUCGCCCCACGAACCGGCCCCUUCAGAGGAGGUCCCGCCCAGGGUUCCUGUCAGGACAACAUCAAGGUCGCCGGUGUUGUCGAGGCGAGACUCGCCUCAUCACCACGGCAACGCCUCACACGGCAGCCAUGCUGUGCACCGCAACGCUGCCAGUGCAGCGGAGCCUCGGCUGCUGUGGGAACGAGUGGAGAAACUGGUUCCCAGACCGACCAGUAAUAGCGGCAGCGGAGGCUCCAGUUCCUCCAGCAGCUCCAGUAACUCCAGCUCUCAGCCCGGUUCUCACUGUGGCUCUGGAGAGAGGUUCAGGGCCCGCUCCUCCUCCAAAUCAGAGGGUUCGCCCCUCCAGCGGCCAGAGAAUGCUGGGAAAAAACCAGAGGAGAGGAGGGACUUGGUCAGGCCAAACAAACCGGCGGACCUGACGGCUCUGGCGAAGGAACUGCGAGCAGUGGAUGACGUUCGCCCCCCAAAUAAGGUGACGGAUUACUCAUCCUCCAGCGAAGAAUCAGAUACCACAGAUGAAGAUGACGACGAAGAAGUGGACCAGGAGGCCGGUGAAGAGUCGACAUCUGGCCCGGAGGACUCCAGAGCUGUUUCUUCCAGGCUGAGCAACGGAGAGACAGAGUCAGUGAAAACCAUGAUCGUCCACGAUGAAGGCGAGAGUGACGCCGGCUCAACACCCUGCAAAGACAGCACGCUGAUUGUCAGACAGAGUACAGGUGACAACAGAAAGCGUUCGGGUCCCGGUUCGGGCCAAACGCAGACUCCUAUCCUGCUCGCAGGCUUCGCCCCGAGCCCCGGCUCGGUGCCGGGACCGGGCCUUGUCCACCUCACACCCAGCCCCCACCACCACCACCAUCAUCACCACCACCACCAUCACCCCACACAGCACUCGGACAGGAACGGCUUUGCUGGACGCAUCCACCACCUCCCAGACCUGAUCCAGCAGAGCCACCAUUCCUCCCCCUCCUCCACUGCAUCCAACUCCCCUUCCUCCUCCAGCCUUGCCAGUCCCUCCUCCAUGUCCCCCCAGAGUCCCCUGGACAAGCUCGGCAUCCUCACAGAGAGCCAGUCUAGUAACAACAUGCAGAAACACAAGUCUUCUUCCUCCUUCACUCCGUUCAUUGACCCACGCCUCCUCCAAGUCUCUCCAUCCACCGGCAGCGCCCUCAACAAUGUCGGCUACGGGAACGACGCCCGGCUGGCGGAGGCGCUGAGAGCAGAUCCAUCUCGGAAGGGCUCCGUGGUCAACGUUAACCCGGUCAACACUCGUCCUCAGAGCGACACACCGGAGAUCCGCAAAUACAAGAAGAGGUUCAACUCUGAGAUCCUGUGUGCUGCGCUCUGGGGCGUGAACCUGUUGGUGGGAACGGAGAGCGGCCUGAUGCUGUUGGAUCGCAGCGGUCAGGGGAAAGUUUAUCCUCUGAUCAACCGACGGCGUUUCCAGCAGAUGGACGUCCUGGAGGGACUCAACGUCCUGGUCACUAUAUCAGGUAAGAAGAACAAGCUCCGUGUCUACUACCUGUCCUGGCUGAGGAACAAGAUCCUGCACAAUGACCCCGAGGUGGAGAAGAAACAAGGUUGGACCACCGUAGGAGACCUGGAAGGCUGCGUCCACUAUAAAGUUGUGAAAUAUGAGAGGAUCAAAUUUUUGGUCCUGGCCCUGAAGAACUCAGUGGAGGUCUACGCCUGGGCACCAAAGCCGUACCACAAGUUCAUGGCCUUCAAGUCGUUCGGUGACCUGGUGCACAAGCCGCUGCUGGUUGACCUGACGGUGGAGGAAGGUCAGAGGUUAAAAGUCAUCUAUGGCUCAUGCUCAGGCUUUCACGCUGUAGACGUCGACUCUGGGGCCGUAUACGACAUCUACCUGCCUACUCACAUCCAGACCAACAUCCAGUCUCACGCAAUCAUCAUCCUGCCCAACACCGAUGGCAUUGAGCUGCUGGUUUGCUACGAGGACGAGGGUGUUUACGUCAACACCUACGGACGCAUAACCAAGGACGUGGUGCUGCAGUGGGGGGAGAUGCCCACCUCAGUGGCCUACAUUCGCUCCAACCAGAUCAUGGGUUGGGGGGAGAAGGCCAUAGAGAUCCGCUCGGUGGAGACUGGCCACCUGGACGGCGUCUUCAUGCACAAGAGAGCCCAGAGACUCAAGUUCCUCUGUGAAAGAAACGACAAGGUGUUUUUCGCCUCUGUACGGUCCGGAGGCUCCAGCCAGGUCUACUUCAUGACUCUGGGCCGAAGCAACCUGCUCAGCUGGUAGAGGUCCACACCCUUGCCCUCUUCCUCCUCCUUCUCCUCAUCCUCCUCAUUUCCUCCACCCUCGCUAACACUGGAUCUCAGAACCCACCAUUGAUGUCUUGUCAGCCCUCGGACAACCAAAAGAGAACAAACACAGUAACCUACCAGCCCUUCGGAGCGGCCGACACCACCGACUUCAGCUUCCCCCGUGGAGCUGCAGCGAGGCUCUGGGCCCGCCUGUGACGCAGCGACAACCGGUCGAGUCGUCGCCUCCAAACCCCCCGAAAUACCCGAAGUGACGACCUUGCGUACAAAAUGAAAUCAAUGGUUAAAUAUAUGAAAGGAAGUAGAUAUAAAUUAAAUGUGAAUUCAAGAAAAGGAGGCAAACACCUUUCUGUUUCCCUCUCGGUUUUCUUGGUGCUCAUCAGAUUGCGAUGGGAUAGAUUUUGUACCUCUGCAUCAUUUCCAUGCUCCCGGGCUGGUCAGUAAGCUUGAGGUCUUCUAACUACUAGUACUGCUACCGCUAUUACUACUACUACUACUACCUUCUGCAGGUCUGCCUCUUGUAAGGGAGUUCCCCUCUGCCCCACGUUCCCACCCUCGGCCCUUUCUUAUGAGUGUGGGGCUGCCGGGGUCAGAGUCUGUCGUAUUAAUGCUACAGUAGUGUGUGUAAAUGUACUUCUGUUUGGUCCAAUUACUGCUGACAUGCUGGUUAGAGACUGGUUAGAGUCAGCCGGGGGGUAAAGUGGUCAAAACCCCAGAGCCAGAGGGACUCUUCAAGGUGACAAGCAGGCGGAAGGGACCUAAUAAUUUUAAGGUUUUACUGUAAGUCUAAAUGAUAGGACUCAACAGGAGGGUGUGUGUGUUGAAGUAUUGUGUUGUUUUGGACAGGUGCUUUAAAAAAAAGAAGAAAAAAGAGAGAGGGGGAGCGAGAAGGAGAUGAUGAAGCAGACGGAUUUCAGAAUAGUAUUUUUUUGAAUCAUUACUAUUAUUAUUAUUCCUUGAAGAUAAGUGUAACUAUGUGGAGUUAAACAUGUCUUUUACCUUGUUUUUUUUUGUUUUUUUUAACAUUUACGCACAUCAACCCACAGUCCACAAAUUUGCUUGCUUUUACUCUAAAACCACAGAUGUUUAAGGUGUGUUUGUAUAAGAAAAAAAAAAAAAAAGUGAUGUGGGUGUGAUCCAAAAAAACUAAACAAAACAAAGGUGUCUAUGUACAAUAAAGUUCAUUUAAGCUUCGGGAUAGUGUCAUUUGUCAUGUUUUCCCUCCCAGCGGUCAAACAUGACAACCUAAACUGAACUCGAGAUGCGUCAACUGCUGUGAAUAGUCAGAUAUUACAUGAGGAGAAAAAAAAAUGUGAUAACGGAGUGAUAAAGUAGAGGAGAAAGUUUAGUAUGUGUGUGUGUGCUGUCGGAGAGUUCAGUGACAUUGAUGAAUUGGAUUUACGUGGCAGAGAGGUAAACACGUGGUCAGCAGGUUUGUUUCAGGGCAGGAGGCGGAUUUUCUAUCUUCCAUUUUGUUAUUUCAGCUCAUUUCACCUUUUCAUUUAUAUCAUUUGUAUGUAUUCAAUGCACUAAGUGUCAAGAAUGUAGAAAGACUUAUUACUGUGUGGUGGUCCAAGGCAUGAGAUGAUGUUUUUUUGCUUUGUAUCUUGUCACAAGUGAUCAAUCCUAGAUGUUCAAUUUCGAGUUAAAAGCUGCAACAGCAGAGCCUCUACGUCAGGUGUAGAUAUUUUCGACUUCUGUAUUUGUUUCGCUACCUUUUCCGCAGCUGUGGCAAUCUGCACAGAAGCAAAUGAGUGUAUCAGAGCUACGGAGCGUUUUUCCGCCAUCCUGAGAGUCCUGCUUUCGUACGUCAAGCACGCCUUCCCAUCAAAUGAGGACAUGAACUUCGUCAAUUCAGCACUCGGACUCUGGAUUUCAGUGUUCCUGUGAUCUCAAAACAGAGCUUUUCCUCACUUGUUUAAGAAACGAAGACGGAAACCCACUUUUCGGGAAGGAUUUGUUUUCUCUGUUUUUUGCCCCCCUCCCACAUUUCCUGCUUCAGCGGUUAUUUAAGUUGUCUGUAUAUGUGAAUGACUGAGCAGCAACCUGCAGCACUGACCUCCUUCAGGCCAUCUGCCCAGCUGGAUUUUCCUCUGUUUCCAAAGCGGCUGUCAAAGAUUGCACAUUGUUCACUCAAAAAAAGGGGGCAAAGGAAAGUCUAUAUCUGUGCUCUGACUUCAUGUCCAAACAUGUCCUCGUCAGGUCACAAACAAGUUAACCUUGGGUGUGUUUUUUCCCCCAUGAGCAGUGCUUAGACAUGUGAAAAGGUUUCCUAGUUUCUGUCGCAGACUUUUGCUCCCCUUGUGUGGAGAAGCCGUUUGGACCCCAAUGCUGUUGUCUGAGGUCUGUGUGUGCAGUAGUACCCAGUGUGUGUCUCUUAUUGCAUCAAGGCCUUGAUGAGUGGCUGUAUUGACUUUAAUGAAAAAAUUGUGGUUAUUAUUGAUAUUCUUAAUGGGCUAAAUAAUGGACGAGAUAUAAGUUUGAUAUCUGACGAGAAAAAGCAGCCGCUUGUUGGCUCAUGUUGGAAAAAGUGCCAAGAAGGCAGCAUUUAAAGCGUGUAAACCUAUUGUUAUGAAAACCACUACUUGGAAAUCCUUUUUAAAAAAAAUCACUUGAAGCAUUGUGUAUUCUUAAGUUUUAGAGCUAGUUGAGAAGCUUAACUAUAGUUUCCGUUGUUUCUGUAAGUCUAUGUACACAUAAAUAUGCGACUGCGGUGGUUUAAUAUUAUUACUCACCUUAGGUGGAGAAAAUGUUUACAGAAGCAAUGUUUUGUUACACUAAUGUGCAUCACGGUAUUUAUGUUUAAUGCAUCUUGGUUCUUUAAUACUUUGUUUCUGCUUUUUGAGCCCAGUUUUUAUUGGAUAUUUUAAAUUUAUUUUGGUCAUCUCCCCUACCCCACUAACUAACCUACUUGCAUAACAAUAAAGAACACACGUGUUGUUCAUUUCAGGUAUUCACAUAACGCUGCUUCAACAUGGAAACAUUGCAGUGAGUUUCCCUGCAGGCUUGGACGUAAGGCGACGUGUUUUCCCUCUGCUGUUUCUGCCAUGCUACUCUAACUUAUGUCCUCUCUGUGUAUGACAGGAAGUCGUGUAUUUUCCUGAAGGUUUUUUUCUUUGAAUAAACUUUAAAAGUAAUUUUAAAA